CUCUUUUACGUCAAUUUGUUUUCAAAUUAAUUAGGGCAAGCAUAAAAUUCAUCAUUCGGUACAGUUGUAAAUUUCGCACACACGCACACACACAUCAAGUCACACACACACAUACACUGUUUAAACGCAAAAUUAUUGAACAUGAACCUGCUGAGCAUCGACCAAAAGGUUUACAUCAGACGCACCGACGGACGCGUCCACGCGGCCCACAUAGUUCGACUCGAGUGCAGACCCAAUGUGGUGACUGUGGAGUGGUCCGAGGAGGGCCUGACGCGCGGCAAGGAGCUGCCCUUGGAGCACAUAAGCGAGCUCAAUCCGCAGAUCUUUGCCGCCUCAAGCAGCAAAACGGUCAAGCUGGCCGCCGUGGCUUCCCACAAGGCCGAGAGCUCUUGUCUGCAUAGAGCGCAAAUGUCACGCCUGUGCGCAGGCAGCUGGAACUCGUCGAAUUUGUUGGACGACGCCAUGCAGCGACUGCGUCUGAAGCGCGAGCGUCGCCACGAGCGGAACGAACAGAUGCGUGCCCAGUACCAGCAAGAGCAGCAGGAGGCUGCCCACAAUCCGCUUUGGGUAAUCACGAAUAUGCUGCGGGACCAUCGAAUGCGCAUGCAGAUGCAGUCGCCGGAGCACGCGACACGCACGCAGCCGCUCAAGCAGCACCAGAUUAUUGUGUGCGUGCGCAAGCGGCCGCUGAACAGUCGAGAGCUGAGCAAAAAGGAGCCGGAUGUGAUCAGCGUGCUGGGCCAGCAGCAGCUGGUGGUGCAUGAGCCGCGCAAGCAUCUGAAUCUGGCCAAGUUUCUGGAGGAUCACGGCUUUCGCUUCGAUCAUGUGUUCGACGAGCACAGCUCGAAUGCCCAGGUCUACGCCCAGACGGCGCGUCCCCUCGUCCAGCACAUCUUCGAGGGCGGCAUGGCCACUUGCUUUGCGUAUGGCCAAACGGGCAGCGGCAAGACGCACACCAUGGGCGGCGAGUUCAGCGGCAAGCAGCAGAAUUUCCGCGACGGCAUCUACGCCAUGGCCGCCAGCGAUGUCUUCAGCACUCUCAGCCAGGCCAAGUACGCAGCGCUGCGGCUGCGUGUGAGCUGCAGCUUCUUCGAGAUCUACAGCACGCGUGUCUACGACUUGCUGAUGGAGGGCAAGCCGCAGCUGCGUGUGCUGGAGGACGCACAGCAGCAGGUGCAUGUGGUGGGCUUGACGGAGCAGCUGGUGCAGAGCACGUCGGAGGUGCUGUCGCUGCUGGAGCUGGGCAACAGUCUGCGCACCUCGGGACAGACCUCGGCCAAUGCCACGUCUUCCCGAUCGCAUGCUGUCUUCCAGAUUGUGCUGCGUUGUGGCAGUCAGCGGCAGCUGUACGGCAAGUUCUCGCUCAUCGAUCUGGCGGGCAAUGAGCGUGGCGCGGACAACAGCUCGGCGGAUCGUCUGACCAGGCUGGAGGGCUCGGAGAUCAACAAGUCGCUGCUGGCGCUUAAGGAGUGCAUACGCGCCUUGGGUCGCCAGUCGGCGCACUUGCCGUUCAGGGCCUCCAAGCUGACGCAGGUGCUGCGUGAUUCGUUUAUUGGCGGCAGACAGGUGCGCACCUGCAUGAUGGCCAUGAUCUCGCCCGGAUUGGGCAGCGUGGAGAAUACGCUGAAUACGCUGCGCUAUGCGGAUCGUGUUAAGGAGCUUACUCCGGACUCUGUCGUCAAAGUUGCUCCCAAGCCCUGCUGCUCGCUCGUUAAUCUACAGAAGCUGCGACGCGUGCCCUCGACCAAUUCCUUGCCCGAGGCGGAUGUGUGGCAGGCGCCGAGAUUCUCGUCGCAUCCUGCCAACGAGCAUGAGCUGCAGCCCUGGUAGCGUCAUAGGCUCCUCAACACGCUCUGCAUAGCACAGUGUAGUGUAGUGUAGCAUAGUGUAAACAAAUGUCCUCUCAGUCCCAGAAUUGGUCAGCCUGACAUUUUAUUCGAACAACGAACUAAAUUUUUAUUUAGCAUCCAAAUUCUUAUCA